AUGCGCCCAUUGCCCCGAUUGCCAUUGCUAGUCCACAGAGCUCUGCCACGGCAUCUCCCUCGGUCGCGAUUGUUAUCCACGACAGCUCUUCGCAAUUGCUCGUGUUCCGACCCCAAGCAACCCGAAACUCCGAUACCUCCCACCGAUCAUCGAGCUAUCGGAACUGCCCAGGAGCUCUUCACCUCCUCCGUUUAUAGCCCCGGAUCUCCUCUCUUCCUGCCCAAUGGCACUCACGUCGUCAACAAACUCAUCUCCUUCCUCCGCACUCAAUACCUUCAAUACGGCUUCCGUGAAGUCCUGACACCAACCAUCUACAAACGAUCACUAUGGGAAAUAUCGGGCCACUGGCAGAACUACAAAGAUGACAUGUAUGAGGUUACCGGUCGUGGAGCUAGCGGCGAAGCCGAGGGCGAGAUCGGUGAGGACGAGUCAUACGGAUUGAAGCCAAUGAACUGUCCCGGUCACUGCCUGCUCUUCAAAUCACAGAACCACUCGUAUCGCGAUAUGCCGGUGCGCUAUGCAGAUUUCAGCCCUCUGCACCGUAAUGAAGUGUCCGGAUCUUUGACCGGUCUCACGCGAGUGCGCCGCUUCCAUCAAGAUGACGGACACAUUUUCUGUCGCCCGCAGCAAAUCAAGGCGGAGAUUGCUUCGGCGUUGGGAUUCGUCGACAUGGCUAUGAAGACCUUCGGACUCGGACCGUACCGAUUGGUGCUGUCCACUCGGCCGGAGACGGAUUAUAUUGGGACGAUGGAGAUGUGGGAUAAUACCGAGACCCAGUUACGGGAGGCGUUGGAUAGCACUGGGCGCGAAUGGGCUCUGAACGAAGGCGACGGUGCUUUCUACGGCCCUAAGAUCGAUAUUCAGCUCCAGGACCAAGCUGGCAAGUUCCACCAGUUGUCUACCAUUCAAUUGGACAUGAAUCUGCCCCAGCGCUUUGAGCUUGAGUAUCAGGUCGCAGAGGGCGAGCCGGACUACAACCCUGCUACGCCUGGAGUUGCAACUCCGGUCAUGAUUCACCGUGCCAUCUUUGGCUCCUUGGAGCGCUUUUUGGCUCUGCUUAUUGAAGAACACGGCGGACAUUGGCCCUUCUGGCUCUCUCCACGUCAGGCUAUCAUCUUGACUGUCAAUCAAGAUGAAGCUGUGUUGCAGCAGGCCAAGGAAGCGGCAGCCAAGUUCUCUGGGUUCCGCGCAUUGCUGAACGACGGCAGUGCCCAGCCGCCGCGUCCGUUGUCGUCUGUCGAUUCGACUUUCCUGGUUGACGUUGAUGCCAGUGCGCAGACUUUGGGAAAGAAGAUCCAGCGUGCCAAGCAGAUGCAUUAUAACCUCAUUUUCAUUCUGGGGUCGCGCGAUCUUGCCGAUGGUGGUAUCACUGUCGACAUUACGGGACAGAUGCAAAGCAAGACCGACCCGGAUGGCCAGCUCCAAACGCUGCUCAAAACCAAACUGGGCGACCAUGCGCUGCACAACCCUCGAGCCGUUAAGCUCAAGGUAGAUGAGGUUCACUCGCUAUUGGUGGACUUGGAGAAGAACUUUGUAUAA